UGUGACAUGAAAAAUUUUUAAUAUAAGGUGGCGAUUGGGGUUCCAUAAUCGGAUCGCAUAUAGGCACUCUGAGACCUCAAAAUGUACUUGGUUAUCAUUCAAAUUUUUGCUUUAGUAACCACCAAUUAACGUUGUUAUAUAAAUUUGUACGCUACCUGUUGCCGUCAUACUUCAUAAAAGACGAAUACAGAGCUUUAUUUAAACCAUUGGGCGAAGAGUUUACGUUCAGCAUGGAAGAGACCGGUUAUCUACAUAUUCAAGCAACCAAACCAGAUACUAUUGGCGCCGCGCUCUCGCAGAACCCCGUGGGCUUGGCUGCAUACAUUCUAGAGAAGUUCUCUACUUGGACCAAUCCUGAAAACAGAAAACUUGAAGAUGGUGGUUUAACUAAACGUUUCACGCUGGAUGAGCUUUUGGAUAACAUUAUGAUCUACUAUAUAACAAACUCGAUAACCACAUCGCAGCGUUUGUAUUCGGAAGGAUUCAAUAUGGCGCAAAUGGGCUUGAACCUGGAUGCGGUUCAUCUUAGUACGCCCACCGGUUGUGCUCGAUUUGUGUACGAUUUAGCUCAUUUAACGGAUCAGGAACUUAGCGCUAAGUUUAAGAAUAUUAUACAUAGCACAUACCACAAAGAAGGUGGCCACUUUGCAGCCAUGGAAGUACCGAUGUUACUCUAUCAAGACUUUGUAGAGUUUGCCGAAAAAGCUUUCGCCAAUAAGUUAUAGCCAAAUUUUGUAAUCUAAUCACUUGUUAGUGUGUAGAUUUUCUCUUUCCUGCACAGACUUGGAGUUUUCUGUUUGAAAUUUGUUGGGAAAAUAAAAUAAAAAUUAUAUUUUUAUAAACUAUACAAUAUAUGAGGCCAUGAGGGCCAGAGGAUCCUAUCUACAAAAAAAAAUUGUGUUUAGUAAUAUGAGAAGAUCUAUAAAAAAUAAAUGCGGUAUUGCAUGCAUUUGAAGGUG